AAUAAAUACUUUCGAUUACUGUCCUUGUUAUCUAAAUAGGCAAGUGAAGGUCAUUGGAUGACCUAAGUCUUGGCGCCUCUUACGCUAAAAACACGAGUUAUGGCAAUUGAUUAUGUAAUUCUCCGAGAAAAAGCGGAGAAAACAGUCAAAUACAAGACUCCAAGGGGCAAAGAAGUUUGUCUUACAAGAGAGAUUUAUCUGAGGGAUGAUGUAUCCUGUAGAAGUUCACUCUGUUUUAAACCUGAGUGUCAUCAAGCCGGGCGGUGUCUUCCGAAAGAUCUGCAGACUUAUGUCUUGGUUGACGGCUUUUACGCCAUGAACUACUGGGAAGUCUUCGAAUUGGAUGAAAUAAAAGGGAUAAUUAUUUCCCUUUCAUCGGCUAAUUUUGUUCAGCAACAAGCCUCAACAAAGCGUCCUUAUAACAGACUUCGGUCAAGCCUUGAAGAUGCAAGUCAAGAUUGCAUUCUAUUUGAUAAUGAGUUUCACCGUUCCUGCUUCCGUCCUCCACAUACAGAUGAAAGUCUUAAAGAUUACACAACCAGGAUGAACUGGAUCGCUGCCAACUGGUAUAGCAAUCACCUUGAAGGGCGUUUUUCAAUAGUACUUGUAACGGAUAAUCAGAGUUACGUCAACACGUGUGCGUCCAAAACUGACGUCACAUCUUGUGGAGUGAUUGUCUUGGAUUUACCAGCUUUCCUGCAGGCGUAUUAUCCUACUCUCACAACUGCUAAGCUCUUGUUUGACUCCCUGGAUGCAUCGCUUCAUUCUGCUGAAACUCAAGAGCUUUCCGAACUGACUGAAAAGAGCCUAGAAACAGAAAAUUCCAUGGAACCGUUGGACUCCCUUGUAGUACCCUCAGCACCUGCUCCCGGUCACGCAUAUCCUCCAUAUUUACCUGAAUCAGCUCUGAUUGCAGGUUUAAGGUCGGGACAGUUUUUGCGUGGGAUUCUACGUGUAUCACGCUUUCGGCCAACUACCGAGGCUAUGGUAGCACUAACAGAUGCCAGUGCAAUAAAGCAUCAACCAGAACUUAAAGAGGCAUUGGCUGCUCGAAGUGAGAUUGUAAUUCACGGACUACAGCAUCGCAACAGAGCUGUUGAUGGAGAUGUAGUGGUAGUACGUUUGCUUCCUCGGGUUCAUUGGAAACCUGUUUCAUCAAAUAUCAGUGCUCAAGAAAAUUGUGUAGCUGAAGUUGUAAACGAUACAACAAAUAUGUCCGACAAUAAACCUGAUCAAAACAACAUUGAAUCAGUUUCAGUAUCAAGUAGUUUACCCUGUGGUUUUGUAGUUGGGAUUGUGAGUCGAAAUUGGCGUGAUUAUGUUUGUACAUAUGUAACUAAAACCUCUGAAGUUCCAUUAGAACCCAAAGGUGAAAGUGGGUGGAUCAUAGUUACUCCAUGGGAUCGGCGUAUUCCCCGUAUCCGUCUGCAUACCACACAAAUUUCCAAGUUAUCUCGCGAACGUUUUGUAGUGCGUAUCGAUUCAUGGGAAUCAAAUUCAGCCUAUCCAAGUGGGCAUUUUGUGCAAAGCCUAGGAUGUAUUGGUGAUCUGGAGACAGAAACACAAACUCUUCUGAUAGAACAUAAUUUGGCUAUUCGAAGCUUCACAGAUGCUCAGAUAGCUGAAUUAGCUCCUCUCAGUGUUCAACGCCCUUGGAAGGUCGAUCCAGAAGAAGUGAAGAGACGCAGGGACCUUCGAUCGCCUAGUGUUUCAGGGAAUCUAAAUUCCGAGGAUGUGCUUAUUUUUAGUAUUGAUCCACCUGGCUGUCAAGAUGUAGAUGAUGCGUUAUCAGUUCAAUGGUUACCAUCUAUAGUAGACAAAUAUGGCACAGAACACAAACGUAUUCAGUUAGGAGUUCAUAUAGCUGACGUUAGCUUUUUUGUUCCUUCUGGUAGCUAUAUUGACAGUGAAGCAAAGAGACGUUCAACAAGUAUUUAUCUAGCUGAUCGUCGAUAUGAUAUGUUACCAGGAUUACUAAGUGGAGAUAUAUGUUCACUUUGGAGUGGUCGUGAUCGAUAUGCUGUCAGUGUUUUAUGGGAAAUAGACAUGGAUUCAUUUGAAGUAUUAGAUAUUUGGUAUGGUCGAACUGUGAUUCAUUCCAGUUAUAAAUUAACUUAUGAAGUUGCUCAACAUAUAUACGAUUUGAUUACAACAGAAGAAAUAUUAUCGAGUAGUCAUAAAAUAGAAGAUUUUAUCAAAAAAGCUGGUGGCUUGGAAACUAUUAAAAAGGAUAUACCUGAAUUGAAAGAUUUAUCCAUGACUGAUUGUAUCACAGCUUUGGAUAAGCUUAGUAAAUCUAUCUCACUGUUAGUUGAUAUUGCCUCAAAUGUACGUACUCGUCGACUUGCUAAAGGCGGAUUAGAAUUGGAAAGUGUAGAAGUUCGAGUUCAGUUUGCUGAUCCAGAAACACGUACUGGGAAAUUAGAAGAUCUUAUACCAAAAGAGCCUCUUGCCAUGCACAAUACUGUAGCAGAAUUGAUGAUUUUUGCAAAUCAUUGGGUUGCUCGUCAAUGUGUUGAAUCUUAUCCUGACCGUUCUUGCUUACGUCGCCAUCCACCACCACGUCCUGAAUUUUUCGAUGAGUUAAAGCGUUGUGUGGCUUCCAGAGGUUUUGUUCUAGAAACAGAUUCCAAUCUUUCACUUGCAAAUUCCCUAGAGAAUGCAUCUGAUCCUAAUGAUCCUGAGGUUAACAAAGUAAUUCGUCAACUUGUUACACGUGCAAUGACAAACGCAUUGUAUUUCUCCACUGGUUCACCAAAUAUGACACGAGAUCAAUUUUCGCAUUACGGUUUAGCCCUCAAUUUGUAUACACACUUUACAUCACCUAUACGACGUUAUGCUGAUAUAAUUGUGCAUCGUCUUCUGCUUGCAUCACUUUCUGAUCUUAGAUCAAUUCAUAAAAAAGAGGAUGAAGUCACUUCAGAAAAUACUGAGUUAACAAUAGUUUCAAAAAGUGAAACAGAAGAGUUAUUUACACCAGAAGAUUUAUCACGUAUAUGCCAGCAUAUGAAUGAACAACACUGGGCAGCUCAACAAGUUCAACGAUCCAGCUUAGAAUUGUUUCAAGCUUUAUUCUUUAAAGAUAAACCGGUUGAUGAUCCAUCACGUUAUGCUGAUGGUAUUAUUUGUCAAUUAAGGGGAACCAAUGGAUUUGUUGCAUUUGUCCCUAGAUAUGGCAUCAGAGGUGCAAUCUGCAUCAAAAACGCCAGUGGUCAUAUAGCAUGGGCUGAUUAUACAUCAUCUGACUCUGGUACGAUAAGUUGGUUAGAAAGUGUUCAAGAUAUGGAGGUUGAACGUGUCUAUUCAUCUGAUAAAAUGGACUGUGGAUGUUUAGAAGUUCGUAAUAUCAAAACUAAAGAAAAUCAACGUUAUUGUAUAUUUGAUCAUAUUGUAGUAAAGAUUCAUGUCAGUGAAUCUGUUGCUCAUGGCUUAAAUUUACGAUUAGAACUUACAGGUCGACCUAAAUCAACAUUUAAAGGAAAAGCAUCUGAAGCACAAGAACAUUUAGCAACUAUAAACACAUCGUCUUGUACGCGUGUAGAUAAAACCUUAAUAGAGGAUGUACAUACCAAGGAUGCUGAACGACGUCGUAAACGUGUUGCAGAUGACGAAGAACAUGAAGACGUUGAAGAACGAAGUCAGUUAAUCGCUCAAUUACAUUAUCCAUCGUCAUUCUAUCACAGAUUCCGUAAAUUUGUACGACAGUUCAAAACUGAUGAUAUGGAAACUACUUGAUUUUUGUACAUUUUUUAAAUAACAUGCUAUCGCUUCGCAAAAAAAUAUUCUUCAAAAUGUAUUUUUUUAAAUUCUGAACCUGUCACGAGAAAUAUAUACAGACACCUGAAGAAUAUGUU